GCAGCAGGAGGGAGGCAGCAGCUGACCACAGAGAUGAAUGGAGUUCUGUAUCAGAAAAUAUGUCUCUGAUUCAUUUUACUGGAGCGGAAAAUCACCAAACAGAACCGGGUCCAAACAGAACCCAGGGCUCAGAGAGGGAACAGAGCAAGAAUCUGGACUGGAAGGGAACAACUGACCCGGAACAGAACAGAUUACUGGAUCCAGGCCGAACCAGAACCGACCAGCUGAUCCACCUCAGUCCUCCUCAUGGGUCCUGAGGUUUAGCGCCCCCUGCAGGUAAAGAGGAGCUGCCAUGUUGGCCUCCUCCGUCCCCCCAUCUGUCCUCCUCAUCCUCCUUGUCUUGCUCCCUGCUGACGCCUCGGUGCAGUGGGUGGAGCUAAAGGGUGCCCCGCUGUCUCACCUGCUGCUGGACCCGGGGCGGCACCUGUAUGUGGGCGGGGUCGACCACCUGUACCAGCUGACCUCCGACCUGGAGGUGAUGUCACACGUGAGGACCGGCCCCCACCUGGACUCGCCCGACUGCCUUCCACCAAUCAUCCCGCAGGACUGCCACUCGGCCACGCCCACUCACAACCACAACAAGCUGCUGCUGCUGGAGGCGGGGCAGGGGGCGGAGCCUGGCAGCCUGAUCGUCUGCGGUUCGCUGUUCCAGGGGAUCUGUGACAAGAGGAGUCUUUCCAACAUCUCUCAGCUCAUCUAUCAGACGUCCAAUCCCGUCGACACUCAGUACGUCGCUGCCAAUGACCCCAGAGUCUCCACCGUCGCCGUGGUGAUCACCAGUAAGAGCAAACAGGAAGGGGGCGGGGCCGGUGGCGUUCUGCGACUGAUGCUGGUUGGUCGAGGCUACACCAGCAAAGGUCCCGGAGACAUCCCGCCCAUCACGACCCGGCGCCUGUUCCCAGUGGUGGCGCCUCGCCGGGCCUUUUCUCAGGAGGAGGAGCUCGGGAAGUUGGUGGUAGGAAGCUACUCUGAGUACAACAACCACUUUGUAAAGGCUGUUGCCCACGGCGACCAUGUGUACUUUCUGUUCUCACGGCGGGAUGUGUGGCACAAGAAGGAGUACCGGACGUACGCCUCACGGCUCUGCGUUUCCGACCGCAGCUUCUAUUCCUAUGUGGAGGCGCCACUGCUCUGCCACGGCGGCUACAACCUGGCCCAGGGGGCGUGGCUGGGAAACCACUCAGGUAAGCCCGCCCUCUUCGUCGUCAUGGCAGCAGGGCAGGCGUCCACGCCGGUGGCCACGAGCCGCUCUGCGCUCUGCGUUUAUGGGAUGGCAGAGCUGGACGCCAUGCUGCAGAAAGCACAGGAAGUGUGUUACACCGAGGGAGGGCGGGGCAACGACGGCAAGGAAGAGGCUUACAUCGAGUACGCCGUGUCAUCAAAAUGUCUACGACUACCCAAGGACUCCCUAUCAGAGUAUCCCUGUGGAGGUGAACACACUCCUAAUCCAAUCGCCAGCUCUGUGCCACUGGAGGCCACGCCCACCGUCACCUCCACCACCCAGCUGACUGCCGUCACCACGGCAACCGAGGCUGGACACACCAUUGCCUUCCUGGGAGACAGAGAGGGACGACUCCACAAGGUGUUGGUGCGCUCUGAUUGGUCGGGUCACCUGUACGGCAGCCUGACGGUCGACGACGGCAGCGGCGUCAGCGCAGACCUCCUAUUGGACGAGACCCAGCAGCACGUUUACGUUCUGACCAGCAGCAGGCUGUCCAAGGUUCCUGUUUCUUCCUGCGAGAGACACACAGACUGUCAGACCUGUCUGUCUGCCAGCGACCCCUACUGUGGCUGGUGUGUCCUGGAGGGAAGAUGUUCCCGUAAACACCAGUGUCAGCGUCACCUGCAGCCCAACCAUUGGCUGUGGAGCUUUGAACCGACCAAUCAGUGUGUGACGGUGCAGAGUCUGCAGCCGUCCAAUCAGAGCAGAGAAGAGCAGACGCAGGUAACGCUGUCAGUCAUCCAGCUGCCCAUGCUGACAGAGGUGGAGUCUCUGUCCUGCGUCUUCGGGCUCCUCCCACCUCAGCCGGCCGUCGUCAUGGGAACCAGCAUCACCUGUCAGUCACCUGCACCAGAGCUCCUCCCCUCCAUGCCGACAGGAAGUGAUCACAUGAUCCUGCCCGUGUCACUCAUGUUUGGUCAUGUGACCGUCACCACGGGCAAAAUUACCUUCUAUGACUGCAGCGCCGUGAGCCGACUGAACCAGAGCUCCCAGUGUCUAUCUUGUGUCAGCAGUAUCUGGAGAUGUAACUGGUGUCCUCUGGAUCAACUCUGUACUCACAACCACAGCUGUCCUCACCAACACAUCAUCCUGAACCAGAGGGACUCUCCUGGUCCGACCUCGUGCCCUCUGGUCUUUGCUCUGCAGAGUUCUGCAUUAGUGCCGAUGGGCCUGAGCACCACAGUGGUGCUGCAGGGACGAAACCUGGACGUGUACACUGAAGAAGCUCCAUAUGUGUGUGUGGUAGAAAUCCACGGAGUCCAGUUCAACCUGACGGCUGUUGUGGAGAGGACAGCCGGCAACACACACACCUUUACCUGCAGUCCCCACCAGUUCCAGUAUGCCGUCAGUGAGCUCCAGUAUUCAGCUCCCGUCUACCUGCGGAGAGGACAGAGACGCAUCGACGCCUCACCUGGACUGCGGUUGCAGCUGUACGACUGCUCAGCCGGCCAAUCAGACUGCUCCCAGUGCAGGGCGGUACCUGAGGAGUACGGCUGCGUCUGGUGUCCAGGUAGCCCCGCCCCCAACUGUGUUUACAACCAGUCCUGUCUCAGUGAACCGACAGACACCUGCCCGCCUCCUCAGAUCACACAGGUGUUGCCAAUCUCUGGGCCUCUGGAGGGCGGAGUCCUGGUGACCAUCACAGGGUCCAACCUGGGGAUGAGGUUCGAGGACAUGGUGGGCGGAGUCACAGUGGCUGGUGUGCAGUGUCUGCCUCAGCCUGAAGGAUACCUGAUCUCCACCAGGGUUGUGUGUGAGCUGCAGCCCAGUGGGAGGCAGAAGGAGGGGCCUGUCCUGGUUACCAUGGGAACAACUGCCCCUGGGAGGUCAAUGCAGAUGUUCACCUAUCAGGACCCUCAGCUGCUGGAUCUGGUUCCUGAUCGAGGUCCGGUUUCUGGAGGAACCAGGCUGACCAUCAGAGGACGCCAGCUGUUGACGGGACAAACAUCCGACCUGAGCGCCUUCGUGGGUACCCAGCCCUGCUACAUAGUGGAUGAGGUGAAUGACACCCAGUUGGAGUGCCAGACUGGUCCCAGUAAUCGGACCGGUGGCGUCCCAGUUCGUGUUUUCUUCGGUAAAGCUGAGCGGACUGUCCCAGACAUCUCCUUCCGUUACCUUGACGACCCCGUCAUCACUGACGCGGCGCCUGCAGAGAGCUUCUACGCCGGCGGCCGCAUCGUCAUGGUGACAGGCAGGAACCUGGACGUGGUGCAGCAGCCAAUCCUAGCUGUGUGGGUGGAGCCUGUGGAGGUCCAGAGAGUGAAACGGAGAAGACGAUUGGCUCUGCUCACUGCCAAGCAGCAGCUGGUCUUCAACAGCACCAUGACAACGGUGUCAGAGCACUGCUCCGUCCUGUCGUCCUCUCAGAUGACCUGUCUCACUCCCACCGUGUCCCCUGAGCUCAAAGUUAAAGGAAUCUGGUUCCAGCUGGACAACGUCAGGGUCCACUAUGAGAGCAUCAAGGGUAAAAGUUUCUCCUACUAUCCGAACCCGGAGUUGUUCCCUCUUAACCGUGAGGCUCCAGAUGUUCCGUACCGGUUCAAAACCUGGAGGAGUGAUCGCUGUGGAGGGUCUGGACUGACCAGAGCCAUGUCCCGUCAGGAGGUGACGGCUCGACUGGGAGACCAGGAAUGUCAGGUGAAGACCCUGGACAGCACUCACCUCUACUGUGAACCUCCAGAGAUCCAACCAAUGAGUGUGGAGGGAGAGCAGCGACCUGCCCAGUCUGAAGGAUUGGCUGUAGAAAUGAAGGCGUUGUACUGA